AUGCCAACGAGUGCUCCUGUCACUGUCGGCCCCUCCCCACAUUCCCCAUCGAUGAAAGCACCCAUUGAUGCUGAUGAAGGCCGACCAGUGGCCAUGGGAACACAUGAAUCUAGCCAGGGUGUAUCUGACAUGAAUGCUGACUCUUUGCGGGACCAUGCAACCCAUAAACGUCAGGUUGAAAGGGAUGACAUUUCAGGGGCACCCCCCAAAAAAUGGAAAGAUGCAGAUGGCCUUCCGACCACUAGCAUCGGCCGAGGGGAUGCCGACACCCCACCGACACCAGUAGAAGCCACUUGCCCUGCCACAGCCAAGCCUUAUCAUGCCAUGCCUGUGACUGCCACGACAGGUAAGCAAUGUGUGCACCCUGCAUUUGCCUCUAUGUCAGUGUCAGAGCCAGCGCCAGUGUUGCAUCCGAAAGCAUCCGAGGGUCAUCCACAUGCCAGCCUUACUGGCCUUGCACCCCGAAAUGAAAGCAGAGAUGAAGAAAACAGCCAGCGGUCGGGACGCAAGAACCCGCAAACUGGGGUACCCACUAAUGUUUUGGGGAAAGAGAGUCAAAUUGACAAACAGCCAGCGGUGGAGACGCCAGAACUCCCCCUGCCCAUGUCUUUUCAGGCCAUGCCACGUGAUGCUUUUGUCACUCGUGGCCCCUCCCCCCAUGUCCCCAUAUGUGAGAGCUCAGACCUUGCAAAAAUGUCGAAGCCAUGUCAUGCAGAAGGAACAUCCGGCAAUCAAGCACCAGGUAUGCCGACCACAAAGGACCAACACCAAAUUGCAGAAGCCAGCCCGAAACCAUAUGAGGAUUCUACAGGUGGACUAGUGGCAUUUGCGUCCGGGUCCAAACCAUCCAAAGCCGAAACACACAGCCCGAUCGUUGCAGCCGAGGCCAGGGAGGCUACCAAAGAUGUAGCUCACCAGACCGCAUCCGAUGGAAAGCAUGACAGUGAUCCUGAUGAUGCCAAUGAUGAAGGAGAUUCCCUGACCCAGGGAAUGUUGCAGGUAGCUCAAGAGAUCGCCAGCUCCGAAAUCUUGGAGCAGAAGCACAUUGAAAGCCACACCAUUCAGGUCAUCAGGCAAGAUGACAACCAGCCAUCAUUCAUCAAGAUCGACAAGCAGGCAACGGUAGGCUCGGUCACAGUUGCUGAGGCGAACAUUGGUAGCCUUGUCCAGCCGAUCUGUGUCAAUACUUGCGUUGGCACAAGGUAUCCGACGGCAGCCAUCACCAAGCCAUUUGACCAGAUCUUCCUAAAAGAAAUGGCAAAAUAUGGAAGUGGUACUUCUGAUGAAGCGAUCAACAUGCCACCUGAGUUGCUGGCAAAUUCUCCCACCACUAGGAUUGCUUUGUUGUACCGACAAGAAGCCUUUGUUGCUCAGGAUGAAAUGGAGUUCUACCUCAACAUGAUCACUGCCACAGGUCAAGCCAACGUAGCUCCAGUCGCGAUCAUUCCUCAUGAGUGCGAUGAUGAAGAACUCAUUCAGACACUCCAAAACUGGUACGCACAGGCCCUGCUUGUUCAAGAUGCUCCAAGCACACAGCCGUGGAAAGAGAUCAAACAGCUUUCCAACCAAUGCAGCCCGAAGUUGCAACUUGUCUUGCCAAGUGAACUGCAGGAAGUCAUUCGUAACCGAACCAACUCCCAGCAGAAGUUUGGAUCCAAGAAAGACAAGAAAAAGCAUGCCCCGCACGCACAGAAACCAAUCCACAUUGACGCUGAGGAUAUAAGCAUUCCUGACGGAAUCUUCCAAGAUGCUGAUGGCAAGACCAUCCAACAGCGGCCAAUCAAUAGCAUAGGUCCUGAAGCACGAGGCAUCGUAGUCGUCAAAGCCAUGCAAGCAGUGCCAUAUCUAAGGUUUCAAAAACCGGUCUCCCAGAAUGGCCUUGCCUUAUUGGUGAUUGACCACCAGGACCCAUUGCUCCACGGGGUGGGGGAAGAAGUCCGUUUUCCUGCCAGGUAUGAGAAGACAAGUGAGCCCAUUUUGAUGUCAGCCAAACUUGUACAGAUUGGAGCCAGCAUUGUCAGUCGCACAGUCCCAGCCCAUGCAACUAAGGUGGACGAGGUCAUGACAGCAGUCGUAAGAGUUGCAGUGUAUCGAGAUGAAUGUGAUGUCAAAUGGGAAAGCAUCGUUGCCAGGCCUGUGAAGCACUUAAUUUCCAAUGUUCAGCUUUUGCAACCAAAUGGGGACAUGUCACCGAUCAUGGAUGUUUGGGAUAGACAAUUCCUGAAUGAAAAGCUGGAACGCACAAAACCGAGUGACGCCACCAUUUUCAUGGCUUGCUUUAGAUUGGAGGCAGCCGACAUCACCGAAGCACUCAAAACCUCAGGAGAUUCAGGGUGCUACCUGGAGCCGAGAAGCCACGAUGGAAGAUCUCCAUCCACUGACUAUAGAGUCAUUUGGAUCAACAAACAAGACAAGCAGAAUGUCAUGAUUGCAUCCCAGGCCACUAAGCAGUGGACAUGCAUUGUCAGAUCUGGCAACCGAUUUGGGCUCCGAACCCGGGUCCAAGAUGCACAGGCAGUCCAUGAGACACAUAAGCCUCAGGUACCAUUCCUCACAUCAGACCAAGUCAUGACAUUCCAUGUGGGCCCUAUGCCACACGGAUCCAAUCGUACGGCACUCACCAAGCUGUUCCAAUCGUGGUCAUGGCAGGCCAGGCCAUGCCAGCCGCGUAACAGAACACCUGAUGGUAAAGGCGUGGUGUGGGAAUGCCAAGCAAUCUGCAAACCACCUUAUGAGGUAUACCAGCUGGAUCAUGCAGAUGUCCUCAUCACAGAAGUGCCCAAAAAAGUGGCCAGAAAUGCAUUGCCACAAGGAAGCAUCCAAGCUUCGGCCAAAACAAUGGCAGCACUGAAAGCUGCGGAUAGCCAAAGCCAGGAGAAUGCCGACCCAUGGGAAGCCAAUGAUCCAUGGGGAAACUAUACCACCCCGACCAAGGGACCCAGAACCAGUACUCAGCAAACCGCUGUCAAACGCAACGAUGACAUUGAAGCCAUUGCAGCCAAGGUCCAGCAGAAGCUUCAGCCAGCCUGGUCUAAGCACAUCAACUACCCCAAACUCGAUGCUGACCAAGACAUGAACGGAGACGAGACCAGAAUCCAAGUAGUUGAGGACCGCCUUGCCAAGCUGGAACAAACAGUGCAGGCUAACCAAUUGCAGCAGGGAAAGCAUGUCCAGGAACUUGCCUCCCAGAUUGCCCAGGUCCAAAAGAACGUGGAUCAACAAGGACGAGCUUUCCAUGCCCACCUUGAUGAGAAGCUCGACAAUCAGUUGCAUCAGAUCGAGCAGUUGCUCGCCAAGCGCAGCCGCACUGACGUGUCCGAUGAAACAGUUCCCACAGUUUGGGGCAUCAGCGAAAGCCACCUCACAUCCGAAGGUGUCCAAAGAUUCCGUCAAGAGCUCAAGUUUCAGUCGCAGCAAUGGAAGCCCUUGAAGACACCGUUGAUACCAACCUGCGUCACCAAGGAAAACCUGGAUUGCUUGCCCAACAACGGGGGAGAUGCCAGACCACCGAAGCGACCACUUGUAGACAAGCUGUCUACAGAGCCACACAUCUCCAAUGACCGCUUGGAGUUGUGGAAUGCAAUCAAAAAUGCAUCAGGGUUCCCAGGUGGUUUUGCCCAAGCUUGGAAAAAUCGAGUCAACAUAAGUCAUGAAGCACCCUUGCACUUGCCGCGCCGACUCCCAGAAGUUGACAUUGUUGAUGCCAUUUUCCAUGACUUCCGCCAGGAGUUCCAACAACUUGAGAAAGCACUUAUCCAGGCAAGAUGCCAAAAAGCCAAGGAAAAUAGGAGCAAUGACUCGAACGCCAUCUAUCGAGAUGUUGCCAAACCAAGAUCAUUGCCAGUGAGCACAGUGGUCAUCAACACCAAUGCCAUUGUGAGUGAUGUAAGCGCAGAUGGUCUUAUUGUGCAAUAUCAGCCCCCAGAGCUGGACCUUCACCAACCUGUCACCUCAGACAGGGGACCACUUGCCAUUGCACACCACGAACAAGGCCAGAUCACACUCGAGGCACCACAGAACAUUGAACCUGGCGAUCACCUUCGACAACCCAAGCUGUUGGGAGACCUUCCUGACGUGUUCAAGGCAUUCCAAGACCUGUGGUUUCGACAGUACUGCCGAGUUGAAGUUGCGUUUGCAGUCCUGGAUCACUUGAGCAAUGAUCCUCCGGUCAGACAUGCCCCUGGACCUUCUGGAGUCCUCUUAUCCCGAUUGCACGCCAUCCAUUGGCGAUGGGAACAGGAUGGAUUCAUCCAAGACCAUCAAGGGUUCAAGUUUAACCUGAUGGAUUGCCCGAUCCAACUCUUGCAGCUGAGAUUUGACCAUGCGUGGGGAGCCAUGGUAGGACAUUCAAUGUCUUCCAGGGCUGAGUUUGGUGGACUAGGAGACAUUGAUGUUGCUUGCAGCACACACACGUUCCAUACCUUUUCCAUCACUGAAAUUGCCCUGUUGAGAGUAGCGAUGAACGGCUCCUUUUACACCAGAGAUAAACAAUUUUCCAGUGGCAAAUUUGUUUCCAAGCAAUGUCCAUGGUGUAAUGAGCAAGACAGUGUUUUCCACCGUACCUGGGAAUGUCCUCACUUUGCACAUGAGAGGAGCUUGAUGCAACCUAGCCACAAGGCCUACAUCAUGCAACAGCCGCAAUGCACCUACCUCCAUGGAUGGUUUGUUGAAUCAGCAGAGGACAAACACUACAGAGCCAUGCUGCAGACGAUACCUGACACAACAAGGGAGUUUGAACAACCUUCACAGUUGCCAGAAGUGAUGCACAUGUUCACAGAUGGUAGUGGAAUCUUCCCUCAACAUAAAAGCCUGCGUUUGGUUUCAUGGUCGGUUUGUUUGGCCACUUUCCAAGAUGUAGAGUUUCUCCCCCUAGCAGCAGGAGGGGUCCCUGGAAUGCUACAGACAGUUUUGCGUGCAGAACUCACAGCUGCCAUUGCAGCCUGCCGAGCAGCCAUCAAAUUCCAAAGACCUUUCUAUAUUUGGACUGAUUGCCAAUUGGUUUUCGACCGAAUCAACCAGUAUGCAGGCAUGAAAAUGGAUGCACCAACACCAAAGCAGAAAGACCAUGACCUGUGGGCACAACUCCAAGCAGCUAUCCGAGUUUGCUGUAAGACUAACCUUUUCCAAAAAGUUCUCAAAAUCACAUCCCACCUUGGGGACACACAGUUUUCCCACUUGGUAGAUUCAUGGGCCAUUAGAGGAAAUACAGCUGCGGACACCAUGGCGUCCAAAGCCAUUGCCUUACUGCCAGCCGGAGUUUGCCAGGCCCAUAGAAGUCUCGCAAACCUUCUUGAAACCCGCUAUGCAGCAUGCCAAGCGAUGCAUAAACUGUUCGUAGCAAUCGGAAAGAAGGUUGUUAAGGAAAAAGAAGAGAUGAAAGCACGUGAGACAGAGGCCUGGGAAAACGUUGGACCUUCAGCUCCAACCAUCUCAGAUGUGAUCAGUUUUCUUCCUCUGCCAUCGACAGUUGUGGAACCUGAGGGUCACCAGCUUGGGGAGGGUUUUCCGCUGAUUCAUCAGUGGCUUUUGGAGUUUACAGGAGACGAACAAUCCAUUCCGAUGUGGUUGUCCAGUUACCAGCUGUACGCCCACUUCCAAUGGAGCACUGGACACUUGGGAUUUCAUUAUAACCGCAAAACUAAAAAGUUUGAGACGCUUACAUCACUUGGUACUGCGAAGGAAUACAACUUCAUUCGUGCGGCUGGAUGGUUUAACGCGAUGCUGAAGAGUUUUGCGAAAGCGAUGGGCUUCCUGAUCUCCUCGCUGCCGUCGAAUUUUGUCUCACCAGAGUUCGGACUCUCGGCAGGUGGCCGCCGAGUCACUGGCCGAAGUGGCGCUGCUGCGCGCCCAGCGCCAUGCCCGGGAGGCGAAACGGCGAAGCAGUCUGCAGCGCUGGCGCGAUAUGCCUAUGAGAAGCUGGCCAAGAGCCGAGAGGAAGCCUCAGAGGCAGCAGGGCAGGCAGCCUUGGAGGAUGUGAUCCUCGAUGCGCGCAAGGACGCCGCUGAGGCGGUGAAGAUUCGUGCAGGCAGACGAUGGAUGGCAACCCCUCAGAUGGUGGCCGCAGCGGUCUAUAAAAAGGCCAAGCUUCGGGACCUGCAGGUGGCUGAGGCCUGGGAGAAGCAAGCGACGCUGCUGCUGAAGACCAGUCGGCAGUACGAGGAAUACGCUGCGCGACAGGAGAUGAAGCCCGGGGCGCCCAGCGACAGGGUGAGGCGGUGGGGUGACCUGAAACAUCUGAAACCUGAAAUGGGAACCCCAGUGGUUGACGGCAGUGGCGCAAUGCCGGAUUCGCCACCAGGGCGUGGCCGCUCCGGCACCUGCUCCGUGGUGGCCCUGGAGCACUCCAUGUGGAGAGGUUUGCAAAAUGACCGUUUCAGUAGGUUCCGAGAAGCGCCAGUGCUGAGCAAGAGCCUGGAACCAACCCCUCAGGUUGCACAAGCCCCAAUGGCGGCCUUCGCACCUCCACCUGCGACUGCGUCUGGCAUGGUCGAGGGCAUAGCCCAAGCACCGGUGGCUGCCGCAGCCCCUCCACCAGCGUCCGGCAUCGGUCCCAGCGGCGUUUCCGGUGGCGCUGAUGCCAAGGCAGAGCCCAUCAGCUCCGCAGCCGCACCAGCACCUGCGUCUGCGGUAGAAGUGGAGGGCAGCAAGCUUGAGAGCAAGGAGGAGGGUGAAGAUGAGCAGAGCAAAGAAAAGGGCAAGGAGGAAAGCAAGAAGGAAAGCAAAGAGGAAAGCAAAGAGGAAGCUAAGGAGGAAGCUAAGAAGGACAAGAGCAAAGAAGAGAAGGAGAAAAGCAAGGAGAAGAGCAAGGAGGAGAAGAGCAAGGAGGAGAAGAGCAAGGAGGAGAAGAGCAAGGAGGAGAAGAGCAAGGAGGAGAAGAGCAAGGAGGAAGGCAAGAAGGAAGGUAAAGAGGAGAAGAGCAAGGAGGAGGGCAAAGACAAAAGCAAGAAGGAUGGUAAGGAGAAGAGCGAGGAGAAACGCGAAACCGAAGCAAAGGCGGCCAGUGCGGCCGUUCCAGUUGCGCCCGCGCCCGUCGCGUCUCCCAGUGCAGCUUCCAUCGCUUCCUCCGCCAUCUUUGGCGACGCCGCAAAAACGCCACUGGUGCCCUUUGGUGGCCCGCAGGACGAGAAGUCACGACUUCUCCAGGAACUGCAAGUGGCAGAGGCGCAGGUGGACGCUGGUCUGAAACUGGCUCACGAAUACGAGUUGCAGGCACACGCUGCACGGAAAGAAGCCGAGGGCAUUCGUGCCAAUGCCUCGUGGUACGACGGGGCGGAGGCAGCAGCAGCGGCGCAUACAUUGUACGCCGAGCUGCCCAAGGGUGUGAUCCCACCCCCACUGCCGGCGCUGCCAUAG